CAUGAGGUUGAGCAUAUCUCAACCCUUGAUUCAUUGAGAGGAACUUGUAAGUUAUCGUUGUUGCGAUGUAUUGUUAAAGCUUGUGAACAUAACGGAUUGGGUGACAUGAAAAUAACAAUUCGGGAUCCAACAGGGACUGUAAAAGCAAGUGUUCACCACAAGGCCAUUGAUCAUCCUGAAAUAGGCAUACACUUAAAAGUUGGAAGUGUGAUAAUCCUACAAGAUGUUUCAAUUUUUUCACCAAUACGUGAAACAUACUAUCUUAACAUAACUCUGAGGAAUAUUGUCAAGGUUUUUGGAAGUGAUAUUGGGGGCCCAACUGAUGACCUAGUACGUCUAUCAAUACCAAUUGAUACCAACAAGCCUCCAACACGCUCCGUUGAUGACAUUCUAUCGAAAUUGAUUCCACCUCUUCACAAACCUCAAGGCACUGGAUGAAAGAAGAACAAUAUAAAUGCAACAACUUUAAAACUUUCAUAAUUUCCUUGCCUGUAUUUCAGAUUUAUCGUUGUUGUUUGUUGUCGAAUAUUGUGCGUGGUCACAUGGAUGUGUUAUUUAGAAAAAUUUGUGAACUACUUAACUUAUGUUGAUCAAUUUGUUGUUGCAUUAAGUGCUUA